CAGGCCCGCCCUGGAUGUCCCUCUGCCCCCGGAGCAGGUGAGACGCGCCCCGAUCACCCCAUUUGUGACCCCAUUUUUUUUUUUUUUUUUUGCGUGGGUGCAAUUCCUGCCGCGUUACUCAACACCACAGAGGAACAUUGGGGUGCAAAACAUCGUUUGGGGUCCAGCCUGGGCGGACCGGCAGAAAUCGUUGGUGGAGAAAAUAAAAAAAAGCCCGUGUGGUUUUACAGCACCCACAGCUUACUAAGAGCAGUAAACGAGCUGUCAUUUCCUGACAGGGUGGCACUGGGGACAGUGUGGUGGCACAGGGGACACGUGGCUCACCCUCCUGCCCGCUCCAGCCACUCUGCUGUCCCUGCUCGGCUGCCAGCGGCUCACGGAGCAGAGGGAUCGUGCCGUGCCGUGCCGUGCCGUGCCACCGGCCGGGCAAAGGUCCUGCUGUGACCUCUGUCCCCAGCCCCACCCCGCGGCCGGCCAUGGAGCUGCUGGGGGCUCUGAGCCCCCCGGGGUGGCUCCUGCUGGCCCUGCUGCUGGCCCUGCUGCUCUGCGCCACGAGAAGAAGCCCCUGGGAUCCCCGCAAGUGUCCCACCGACCUGACGGGCAAGACGGUGAUUGUCACCGGAGCCAACAGCGGCAUCGGUAAAUGCGUGGCCACGGAGCUGGCACGCCGCAACGCCCGCACCAUCCUGGCGUGCCGGAGCCGGGAGCGGGGCCAGGCGGCCGUGGAGGAGAUCCGGGCGCUCACCGGGAACCCGGCGGUGCUGCUGAGGCUGCUGGACACCGGCUCGCUGGCCUCGGUGCGAGCCUUCGCCGGCGCCGUGCUGCGCGAGGAGCCGCGCCUCGACGUGCUGGUCAACAACGCCGGUGUCACCGGUUUGCCCUUCGCCAUCACGUCGGAGGGGUUGGAGCAAACCUUCGUCACCAACUACCUGGGCCCGUUCCUGCUCACCAACCUGCUCCUGGACCUCCUGAAGGCCUCGGCGCCCGCCAGAGUGGUCAACGUGUCGUCGUUCCGGCACAGCGUGGGCACGGCCGACAGCGGGUACCUGACGGGGCAGCGGCGCCCGGGCGGGCACGACGCCGCCUACAGCAGCACCAAGCUGAUGAACGUGCUCUUCACCGCCGAGCUGGCACGGCGCCUGCAGGGCACAGGGGUGACGGCCAACGCGCUGAGCCCCGGCGUGGUGAGCACCAGCAUCAUGCGCCACUUCAGCUGGGCCGUGCGGGCGCUCUUCGUCCUCCUCCGCCCCUUCAUGAAGGUGAGCGGGGCCGGGUCCUGCCCGUGCCGGGGGCAGCGGGGUGGGUGGGCGGGAGGUGCCAGACCCCUCCUCACCCCCGUUCCCCCGCAGUCGGCCGAGCAGGGCGCUGCCAGCACCAUCUUCUGCGCGGUCUCGGAGGAAGCCGAGGGCAUCAGCGGGAAAUACUUCGACAGCAGCUGCCGGCUGGCGCUGCCCUCGGAGGCCGCCCGCGACCCCGCGCUGGCACGGAAGCUCUGGGAGGCAUCGGAGCGGCUCACGGGGCUCACGGAGCAGGACUGA